GGUCAACUCAUCGCUCUCGUAUAGGCGGGGACGCGGCUCACUUAGCAGCAUUUGUUUGCCCCAUAAGCAAGCACGACCGCUGGUCCCGACACUGUUUGAGACUGCUACCGGCUCGACCAAGCGGGGGUCCCACGGGUCUGUCCCAGCAACAUUUUUGGCGAUGGGCAAGCGCAAGAGCAAAGGCAGCCACGCGAUUGCGCAGGCCGCCGCGGCAGCCAAGCGGGCUCGCACCACACUUCCGAGUCGGUUCGAGUGCCCCUUCUGUAAUGCCAAGGGCGCGGUGACCUGCGAGCUGAAGCGCGACCUUGGCCGAGCCAGUGUGCGUUGCGGCGCGUGCGGCAUGGGCUUCAACACCGUGUGCCGGGCCCUGACGGACCCUGUAGACGUGUACCACGAGUGGUUGGAUGAGUGUGAGGAGGCGGUGGCGUUGCAGGAGCCCCUCGCCACCGCCGCCCCGGCGCCCGCCCCGGCCCCCGCGCUGCGGGCUCAGUACCAGCAGCUGCAGGCGCACCAGUUGCCUCAGGGCGGCGGCGGCGGCGGGCUGGUGGGCGGGUACGACGGAUCUGAGGGCGCGGUGGCGGGGCUGGGUGGCGGCCCUGGACGGGGCGGUGGUGAGGUUGGUGGCGUGGAGGAGGCUGUGGAGGAGCCGGAGGCGGGCGCUGGGCCCGAGGGGGCGGGUGAUGACGAAGGCGGCUGGCAGGAUGGCACGCGUGGCACUGGUCCUGGCGGCGGGGCCGCUGGUGGCGGCGGCGGCUUCGGGGCGGAUGACACAGCCAGGGAUCUGACCGCUGCGGGAGCAUGGCGGCAGCAGCAUCGGCAGCGAAUCGCGCCGAGCAGCAGCUCUGAAGACAAGGAAGCAGCGGCUGCGGCGGCCCGUGGCGGCAGUAGUGGAGGCGUGGGCGCCGCUGGGCCCGCGGCCAGCAACCGCGUGCACAUGUCUCCUGGCAAGCGAGCAGCAGCAGCAGUGGCGGCCCAGGCACGGCCGGCUGAGGCUUCUGGAGGCGGCGCCGGCACUGCUUCCCCUCCUGCUACUGAUACGCAGCCGCAUCGGCUGCAUCGCCUGCGAAGAAUGUCAUCACUCGGGAACACCCAUGCCGUUGGUGGCGGUGGCGGCCGCGGCGGCGGCGGCGGCGGCGGCGCCGUUACCGUCAUGUCAGGCCUUCCAGAACUGUCCUCGCCGCCGCCAGUGGUCGCCAGCAGCACCCCCCUUGCUGGCGGCGCUAGCGGUAGCGGCGGCGCCGCGAGUGCCGUGGUGGCGGCUGGACCGCCAGGCUCACUUCGUCACCAGUGGCAGCGGCAGCAGUUGCAACGCCAGCAGCCGCAGCCGCAGCAGCCGCAGCCGCAGCAGCUGCAGCUGCAGCCGCAACCGCAGCCGCAGUCUGCGCAACAGCCACCACAGCUGGCGGCAAGUGGCGGCGGCGGCGCUGGCGCAGAGGUGGCGGGCGGCGGUGAUGACCUGGUGGUGGCGCCGGCGGGCUUGGGAGCGUACGGUGGUGGCGGCGUGUACGGCGGCGUGUACGGCGGCGCGUACGGCGCCUAUGGCGAUACUUCCGGUACUGGGGCGUACGGAAGUGUGGAAGAAGUGUAUGGUGGAGAUGCCGGCGGCGGGUCUCGCCAGAGCACCCUGGAUGGCAGUGGUGGUGGUGGUAGUGAUGUGCCGCGGCGGAUGCGUCUGGACGGUGGCAGUGUGGGGUCGGGUGGGCGGCCCAGGCGGCAGAGCCUGGACGGUGGCAGUGUGGGGUCGGGUGGGCGGCCCAGGCGGCAGACCGAGGUGGAGCGACAGCAGGCCGCUAUCCGAGCGUUUGGGGUUGAGGACGAGGACUGAUGAGCUGAAGACCUGAGAGACUUAGACUGGGAAGGAAUGCUGUUGGGCAUGGCCAAAAGGAAUGACGUUGAAUCAAUGGUGGUGUCGAGGCGGUGUCGCGGUGAGGCAGGCGGGCUUUCUUGAUUUCGUGCUUUGUUCUGAAGGGCCCCGCGAUGGGCCAAUUUCAGAAUUGG